AUGGCUGCCUCGGUCUCCCUGCGCAGGUUUGCUUGGCUCCGCUCCACUGCUCUGUCCCAUGACGUGAGAAGUACCAUCGAGGAUUUACCCUUUGACGGCAAGGAAAUCCUGUACAACAACGCAGUGCUCAUCCAGACGGACAACACCACCACAAUGUUUUAUCUAAACAGACAAGGGGGUACAGUCUCCCUCACCCUUUGCAAAGAAGCAGAACAUGUUGUACAAGUGAGUGAUGGUGAAGGAGUGAAUUUUCACUCAGAAGAACGAGAGGAGAGCGACCUUGAUGGGGCAUCAGUAAUUGAAGUAAAAGCGUUAUGUGGAAAAGGAGUGGAUCACCCUGGCUCUGUUGGCAGUUGGCCAUGUCAGAGAAGAAAGAAAGAGUUUGUAUGCUCAGAAUGCAGGAGAACCUUUAGUCGGAAUUCGGCCCUAACAAACCACAAAACCUUGCAUACCGGAGAGAAGCCGCAUCAGUGUCCAGUCUGUGGGAAAUGCUUCGGAUAUAAAGCGCUUCUUGUUCGACAUGGAAAAUCCCACACAGAAGAAAAGACAUACAAAUGCUUAGACUGUGGGAAAUCCUUCAGCUGCAGUACUGUCCUUUCAAUCCAUGAACGAACCCACACAGGAGAGAAGCCCUACACUUGCGCAGACUGCGGGAGGAACUUUACCCAGAAAAUACAUUUUGUAAAACAUCGGCGGACUCACGUGGCAGAAAAACUGUAUCGCUGCGCAGAGUGUGGCAAAGGCUUUGCGAGUCGAUCUACGCUCUCUGCCCACCAGAGAAGUCAUACGGGAGAGAAACCAUACGAAUGCUCCGAAUGUGGGAAAAGUUUUAGCCAGAAAUCGCAUCUGACCAUCCAUAACAGAAUCCACACUGGAGAGAAACCGCAUUCCUGUUUGCGCUGUGGACACAGCUUCAGUAGAAAAUUUGAUCUUCUCUUACAUGAGAGAACGCACACGGGCGAGAAACCCUACCGUUGCUUGGAAUGUGGGAAAAGUUUCUGUCAGAGCUCCCAGCUUUUUGUCCACAGAAGAAUCCAUACAGGAGAGAAACCGUUCAAGUGCUUAGAGUGUGGGAAAAGCUUCCGUUGGGAAAGCAGCCUCAAGAUGCAUGUAAGAAAUCAUGCUGGAGACAGGCCCUAUGCUUGCUCGGAUUGUGGCAAAAGCUACAGCAGGUCAUAUGACUUCAUUAGGCACAUGGAAACCCACACGGGAGAAAAACCACACAAGUGCCCCGAUUGCGGGAAAAGGUUUAGUAAUAAGUCAGUACUCUUUGAACAUAAGAGGAUACACACUGGGGAGAAGCCGUUUAAAUGUUCAGAGUGUGGGAAAAGCUUCAGUCAGAGGUCAAACCGCAAUACGCACAUGAGAAUUCAUGUUGGAGGAGAACCAGGCCAGAAGUCUGAAAAACUGAGCAAUGGGAAUGCCGCAUCAGUACUGUCUAAAGAAAGUUGCUAGGUAGAUCAUCAGAUAUUAGCAUUUCCUGUUCAUUGGUGUAUUUGUAGUAGGAGAGGUUGCUAUCACAGUGUCUGUCAUCCCAUU